AUGUCAAAGCAAGAACACCUAAAGUCUAUAAUCAAAACUUUCCAAUAUACUCCAGAUGUCAAACAAAAGGGAAUAACCAAACCAACAGUAAAGAAAAGACAGUCAUUUCCGGUGAAAUCUACCAAUUCCCUUCCAAAUCUCAAUCCAUCACUUGCACCCGGUCUUACACUUCUAUUUGUAGGAUACAACCCUGGAGUAGAAUCUUCAAUACAGCAACACCAUUAUGCCCAUCACAGUAACUUAUUCUGGAAACUAUUCAAUGCAUCUAAUGUUCUAGAACAUGUUUGUAAUGCGAGAGAAAUUGAAAUAGAGGAGGAUUCUUUCUUAAGCAAACUUGUGCAUGAAGGUGCCAACCAUGUACACGAUUGGGAUAUUGCAAAAUAUGGAAUUGGGUUCACGGAUUUGGUACUUAGAUGCACCAAACGAGCUGAAGAGUUAUCAGCACAGGAAAAACUAGAGAAUGUACCGCGUUUACUUAAAGAGUUUCAUAAUGAAGGACAAGGUUCUAAGUUUAUUGUACUUAUAGGGAAAGGAAUUUGGGAAACAAUUGUUAAAUAUAUCGCCACUGAACUACAGAUCAAGGUUAAGCUUACCAAAGAGAAUUUUGUAUGGGGGAAGGUUGCAACCGGAGAAGAUAAGCUAUACAAUAAGAUAUUAGACCGAUUGUACGAACAAGUUGAGGGAACAGUUUAUGUUUUCCCAAGCAGCUCUGGUUUGGUUGCAAGUAUGAAGUAUCAAGAAAAACAACAGUUAUGGGACAAUUUAGCCAAGGAUAUUUAUUAUAUACAAGAAUAG